AUGCCAAUCGGCCUGGCAAACAUUGGCUGGAAAAUGUACAUGGUCAAUGCAAGCUGGGAUAUUGUGAUUGUCUUUCUUAUAGCCUUCUUCUGGGUCGAGACGAAAGGCAAGACGCUAGAAGAAAUAGAUGCUAUCUUCGAAGGGCACAAGCACUCGAAUGUGCCGGACGUAGAGCUCGUGCGUACGGGACAGGAGAAGUUGGAUAUUGCGGCUAUGGAGCAGCAGAUCGAGGACGAGGUUGUGCAGAUGAAGGGGAAGAAGUCUGAAUAG